AUGACAAGCCCUGCCCAGCCGGGACGAGGGCCCGUGGGCACUAACGGCUGGAAAACGGGGCCUCUGUGGCCACCAGGCAGCAGCUCCGAGGAAACAGGGCAGUGGGGGGAGCAGGACUGCCAGGAGCUCUACAGGUGUCACCUUUGCCCCCCACGGCAGGGGCCCCCACCGGAGCCAGCCCCCCCCCCCACAUCCUGUCAGCUCUUCCUGCUGGCGGCUCACGGCUGGCGGCACAUGCAGGGUCAGUGGCACAUAGAAGCGGUGGCUCCAGCUGCCCAGGCAGGCUGGCUGUGCCGUCACACGGUGACACGCUGGCCGCAGCUCACCCCGGUGUCCAGAACGAGGGGGCACUGCACCCCUGGGGCUGCCUGCCUCUGCUCGAAGCCCCACCACUCACCCGUCACUGACCAGGACCCCCUCCCCCCACCUGAGGCCUCAGCCCUGGCUCUGAGCCCAGUCUGCCACCCGGGUCCUACCUGCAGCCUCCCCUGCUCCCACCCCUGA